AUGAAGUCGAUGCUUAUCGUGCUUUUGCUGGCUCUGGGUGUUGUGGAAUGUGUUCAAGAUCAUUGGUUCGUCAAGAACCAGGUCACCGACGAGAGUUGCAUCAUCAUUGAUUCGGAUGCCACCGGAUCAAUCAAGAUCAACGGCAAGGAUGUGCCCUUCGUUUUUGCAAACGAAACAACAGCUGGAAGCGGAUGCCAUGAGUCCUACCAGGCGCACCUCGCCAACAAGCUUGUGCUUGAUUUCUACCCACAAGAGAUGGACGAAACGGAGGCAGCCAAGUGGUCAAUGAGCUUGAUCUUCGUGAAAACCGAUGAGAACAACUCUCGUCUUGCCAACUGGAACUUGACCACUCACAACAUUGAUGGUACCAACUUCACGGUCGAAUCAAAUUUCACGCGAGAAGGUGAUGCUUCGGACGCCGUCAAGUCUUCGAUUCUGGAAGGAUACCGCUGCUCUUCUUUGGAGCUUCACUUCCAGAACGACACGACGGUCACUUUCAACAACAUCAGCGCUGUCGCUUUCGGAACGAUCAAUGGUACGGUGCUCCCUGCCGACAUGAAGUAUCAAUUGUGCCCCAAGGAUACCCCUUCGAAGACAUCGGCUGUUGUCCCAAUCGUCGUCGGAUGUUUCUUGGGAGGUCUCGUUUGCGCCGUUCUCAUUGCUUAUAUGAUCGGCCGUUAUCGAGCUCGCUCUCAAGGCUAUGCCUCCGUU